GAGACUCUUCAGUCUUGCUAAAUCCUUCAUCAGAGUGGGACCAGUUUCCAUGUCUUUGAUCAGGGCAGGUUUGCUAAAGAAGUACUGCCCAAAUACUUCAAGCACAACAACAUGGCCAGCUUCGUGAGGCAGCUCAACAUGUAUGGUUUCCGGAAGGUGGUGAAUAUUGAGCAAAGUGGUUUGGUGAAGCCGGAACGAGAUGACACUGAAUUCCAGCACUUGUACUUCCUGCGGGGUCAGGAGCACCUACUGGAACACAUCAAGAGAAAGGUGUCAGUUAUGAAGAGUGAGGAAACCAAAGUACGUCAGGAAGAUGUCAGCAAGCUGCUUUACGACAUGCAGUUGAUGCGAGGUCACCAGGAGAGCAUGGACUGUCGCCUGAAGGACAUGAAACAUCAGAAUGAAGUUCUAUGGCGGGAGGUUGUGUCUCUACGACAGAAACAUAUGCAGCAGCAGAAGGUGAUUAACAAGCUGAUUCAGUUCCUGCUCGGCCAGCUCCAAUUGAACCACAACACAGUCGGGCUGAAGAGAAAGCUACCUCUGAUGUUGGAUGACGGCAAUUCUGAUCCUCCUGUGUCUAAAUACGGUCGACAACUAUCAAUAGAACCUCUUCAGGAUCCAUAUUUCAUUCAGUCGCUGUCCUCAGAAGCCGCCUCCUGUUCCAGUACCUAUACUAAUAGUCCUCAACCUAGUGGACCGAUAAUUUCUGAUGUGACGGAGUUGCCCCCAUCCAGCUCUGCAGCCCUUGCGUCUGGCACAGAGCAGCAAAGGGAGAAAUGCCUGAUGGUGAUUAAGGAGGAGCCAGCCAGUCCAGGGGUAGGAGUCCAGGUCCAAGCAGACACAGUGGUUCCAAGGAAUCCAUGUAGUGCAUGUCUGGAACCACCUGUUUUACCAGUGUCCAUUGUGGAGUCUGUUCUGGAGGGCAGGCCCACCUGCAACACAGUGCAGCACCUGGAUAAGAGAGGAAGGAUGGCUGCAUUAGACAGGACUGAGGUGCCUGAGCACAUGCAGAGCAUUGAGUUGAACCUGGAUGGCUUGCAUUCGUUGCUUGGGAGCCAGCAGUACAGCCUAGAGCACUCAAGCAUCAUGCACAUCUUCAAUCCAAACCUUCCUUUAAGUGAGCUGAACCUGACUGACAUGGAGGCAAACCUUGCAAUGAUUCAGAAACUGAUUGUGGAUCCAGAGCAGAGGCUGACUGAACCGUCCAACAAAGCCCUGAAAACUGGAGAAAGCUCAGGGAAGCUGCAGCUUCAGCAAGCUACACAAGAUCUUCUUCCAGAGCCACAUCUUCCAAUAAAUCACGAACUCUCCAGCCUAGACCAUGAGACCGCCCUUUACGAGUUCACUGAGGAUACAGGUACAUAUUUCCCAGAUACUGAAGUGGGGCAGGACGAAUUCUGAGAAAAACUGGACCCAAGCAACAAGUCAUGACAAGGUAGUCAUAUGCCUUGGCUAUAGCCUUCACAAUUAAACAGAUGAGCUUCAAAGUAAAGUGAACCUUCCAGAGAAUCCUGAGAAUUGUGGAUUCCUGUUCAAAUGCCGAUUCCACUGACAUUGCCUGAAGGAAACCAUUUCUCCUCUUUGUCAUUCUUUCCCCCAUGUCUUUCCUCCUCAAUCUUUCAUAUUUGAGAAGGCUGGAGGUGAUGAAUUCUUGCACUUCAACAGGCUGGGUAAGUCAGUACUGCCAGGAAGUGGAGUGGGAGUUCUGGUGUACUAAACAUUCUCUGCAGAGAAGAAAUGAGCCUGUGAUGGCUUUGUGCAACAGCACAGAGAUCUCGUCCAUAACUAUUUUUUGCCUUGCGUGUAAUUUGAUCUUUUAAGGUUCUGUUUCAGAAUGUUUGUGUGUUAUACAUCUAAGGCCAAGGAACAGUAACAAUUUUAUAUGUGUACACUACAGCACACUACACUGCAAACAUGCAGUUUUCUUACCUAUUCUAUAUAUCUUGCAUUGGGUUUGAUAGGGUUGGGUUUGAUGUAUUGACACCGCACUUGAAUUAUUUUUGAUCAAGCUAUUGUGAUAAAUCUUUACACAUUCAAUAAAAAUGUUGAAGCAGC